ACAUUUUUGACUCUACCCGCUCUCCGUAGCGCCUUAGCCCGCUCGAGUUUCAAUGCGCGGUGUUGCUUGACGAAGCUGAGUCCUAUACACCGCCCGCUGCUCUCCUGAUCAUGGCUUCCUCGAGUUCCUUCACCUACUAUUGCCCUCCAUCUUCCUCCCCUGUCUGGUCAGAGCCACUGUACAGUUUGAGGCCAGAGCACGCGCGGGAGCGGUUGCAGGACGACUCGGUGGAAACAGUCACGUCCAUAGAACAGGCAAAAGUAGAAGAAAAGAUCCAAGAGGUCUUCAGUUCUUACAAGUUCAACCACCUUGUACCAAGGCUUAUUUUGCAGAGAGAGAAGCACUUCCAUUAUCUGAAAAGAGGCCUUCGACAACUGACAGAUGCCUAUGAGUGUCUGGAUGCCAGCCGCCCAUGGCUCUGCUAUUGGAUCCUGCACAGCCUGGAGCUACUAGACGAACCCAUCCCCCAGAUAGUGGCGACUGAUGUGUGUCAGUUUCUGGAGCUGUGUCAGAGCCCAGAAGGCGGCUUCGGAGGAGGCCCUGGUCAAUACCCACACCUUGCACCCACGUAUGCAGCAGUCAACGCGCUGUGCAUCAUUGGCACUGAGGAGGCCUACGACGUCAUUAACAGAGAGAAGCUUCUUGAGUAUCUGUACUCGCUGAAGCAACCUGAUGGCUCCUUUCUCAUGCAUGUUGGAGGUGAGGUGGAUGUGAGAAGUGCAUAUUGUGCUGCCUCGGUAGCCUCCCUGACCAACAUCAUCACCCCAGACCUCUUUGAGGGCACUGCUGAAUGGAUAACAAGGUGUCAGAACUGGGAAGGUGGCAUUGGCGGGGUACCAGGGAUGGAAGCCCAUGGCGGCUACACUUUCUGUGGCCUGGCUGCACUGGUCAUCCUCAAGAAGGAACGUUCCUUGAACUUGAAGAACUUACUACAAUGGGUGACGAGCCGGCAGAUGCGAUUUGAAGGCGGCUUUCAGGGCCGCUGCAACAAGCUGGUGGAUGGCUGCUACUCCUUCUGGCAGGCAGGGCUCCUGCCUCUGCUCCACCGAGCGCUGCACGCUCAAGGUGACCCUGCCCUCAGCAUGAGCCACUGGAUGUUCCAUCAGCAGGCCCUGCAGGAGUAUAUUCUGAUGUGCUGCCAGUGCCCCGCUGGAGGGCUUCUGGAUAAACCUGGCAAGUCACGUGACUUCUACCACACCUGCUACUGCUUGAGUGGUCUGUCCAUAGCCCAGCACUUCGGCAGCGGAGCCAUGCUGCAUGACGUGAUCCUGGGUGUGCCCGAAAACGCUCUGCAGCCCACCCACCCCGUGUACAACAUUGGGCCAGACAAGGUGAUCCAGGCCACCACGCACUUUCUGCAGAAGCCAGUCCCAGGCUUCAAGGAACACGACGAUGAGGCAACGGCAGAGCCUGCAACUGACUAGAGGACCAGGUCCCCUUGGCUCUGUGCUCACCACUCCCCAGUCAGACAAGGUUUCGACGUUUCGGUACAUAGAACAUCCGCGUACACACGCCUUAGCCACUAGGGAGCUGUGGUUCUCUUUUUCCUUUUCGUCAAACAAAACAAAACCGAUGGCUCUGGGUUUGGAGAACACAGUGGCAUGGUUUUAAAAAUUCUUUCCACACCUGUCAGACCAAAAAUCGAUCAGCCUGUAUGGCAUGGUUGGGGAACAGUGCAUGUUGGGAGGAACAGCCCCUCCCACCAGCUCUCCAGCUUGGACAGCUGUGUUGAGAUGAAUGGCGUCUGUGCAUAUUUCAGUCUCCGGAGCCACAGAGACUCCCACUUGCCCGCCACCCAACGUGCCCUCCACACAAACCGUCCUCCCUCCCUUGGGUAAGGAAGUAAGUCUGCUUUACGCUGGGAUGGGGGUUGGGUCCCACCCAGAGGAAUUCUCUGGAAAGGACCAAGGUGGGACUGCUCUAGGAGGUGCCUCUGCCUCUGGCCUCCCGCCCUGGUCAUUUGCAGGGGGAAGGAGCUGGAGGAUGGGGAGAGAGGUCUCCUUGAACUGAGAGUCCCCUACCUCUCAACGCCGGAGAACAAGCCACGCAGCUCCCCCAGGUCACACUUGGUGCACAGGCAGGACUUGCUUCGACCCCGGGUGUGGUGACUUAGACUUGGGAAACCAAUUAUGAAUGGAAAAUGAACCUCCUGCUCAACUCGGCAGAGGAAGCAGCCCCAGGGCCCACCCCUGAGCCUUCGUAUCAUGUACCGUGAAAGCCCCGACCCCCAUGUCCUCAAGGCAACACCUGCAGCCUGUGGCCAUUCCACGUGUUUCAUCUUUCUCUGACAGUGUUGUCUUCUCUCACCCAGAGUAUUAACACUACUAAGUCUUUCACCUUAAUUUAUGGCUCAGGAUUAUUCUUGUCCUGCCCACUCGAGGCUCACAGAAAUAAAAUCAAGUGCUAGACGAGCUGGCUGCUGCUCAGGCAGGGGCCUUGUGAACUGGUGGUGGUGGGGCGAGUGCUGCCCGGGGUGCUGGGCCCUGUGGUGUGCCACUGCUCCCAUGCCGAGCCUGCUCUCAGCAGUGGGGUGUCGAGUUGGGUCAUUUGUCCACUGCUAUGGCCACAGCAAGCGCCAUGUCGCUGACCUGGCCUCCAUGUCAGCCAUGGGCUGUGGCAGACAGGAGCUUGGAGAUGCGGCAGCAGGCUCUUCUCCAAAAUGCUGGCCACGUGCUGCCUCUCUAAUUCCCCGUUGCUUUGGCGUAUUGGGCUAUGUAUUACCUCCUUGAAAUAAUAAAAGAAUAACAUUUUC